ACGGUGCGUUUAGUGCUUUCUUCUUCUUCUAUAGUGCUGCUUUCUGAACGCUUCGUUUAGAGCUGGUUGCUGACUGAUUGGUUCCUGAGAAAAUAUUCACUGAUCGAUUCCCGAGAAAAUUAAUAUGCAAUCUAGCACUGCGGGAUUCUGUAAGCCCUAAUUUCUGCCGCCGAUCGAUCAUUUUUCUGUUUGGUUUCCCAGAAAGGUUCAGGAAGCUAUGCGUCGAAUUCGUAAUCUUUUGAUCAGCCUCUGCAUUAUCUGCAUCAUCAUCAGCUGCUCAAAUUCAAGCGAGGCAAACGCGACAGACAUCAAAGUUUUGAAGGUUGGUGAAGAGCUGUGGAGGGAGACUCUACCGCUGCAUUCGGGUUCAUGCCUUUACCGGCUUCAUGGACUCAAGCCUUAUACUUCGUAUGAAGUGAAGAUAUCAUAUCCUGCUUCUAUACCGGCUAGCUUUUCCUUGCAACUCAAGAAAGGGGACUUGGAAUCGGCGCUGACUGGGAACCGAAGAUUACUAAAUACGGAAAAGCUUAUUUUCAAGACUGAGAGUCUUGGCUCUGAUGAUCAGGGUGAAAUGUCUGUGUUGGUGAGUGUGGAGCCUGAGGGGGUUGUUGCAAUACCAAAUGUGCAAGAGAGGGAACACAUCAUAUUCAACAUAGUUUGUGAUGAACUACUAUUGGGGAUUCCGUACAAAGCUUGGUGGGUUGUAGGCUUUGUAGUGGUGUGUUUGGCCUUGGCGUUCACCGUACCGUCAUUCCUUCCACCGUUUUUGCUGCCGCGGGUGGAUGAGAAUGCUUCUAAAGAUUCUUGAACAUCGGACUCACAAAAGCAGCUGGCUUCGUCAAAUUUUGGUAUUUCGGGAUCAUCCUGCAUUUCCACUUUACAGCGCAUUGAAGUAUAGAGAUUUGAAUUCAGAAGCAACUUUUGGAGGAAGCACUUCUUGUUUGGCUUACAAUCCGAAUGGUGGUGCUUCUUAAUUUUCUGUUACCUGUUGGGAAGAUUUAGCACAUUAUCUCAAAUUUGGCAUGCACUCGGACGAUGAAAUCACGUGUAGCUACUUAUAGUACAUUCAGUCCCUUAAUUUACAUUCUUAUUUUUCUUUAUUUUUUCUCAAAUGUAAACAUUUAUCAACACUUCAAAAUAGUCAUCUCAUUCUUCUCGGAUCGAAUGAAUACACUGAUGUGGUAUAAUUUGGAUGGAUUA